AAAUACGUAAAACUGUAUACUUAACAAUUAGGUAUUUAAGUAAAACGUGCUUAUUUUGAAAACAUCUAGGGCAAUAAGCCGUAGAUAUUAAAUUGCAGUGCAAGUGAUCAUUGCAAGCGCUCACAACAUGGAUGGUGUCCAGGACAACGACUCUGCAAAGGAGCGAAACCCAGAUGAAAAGAAGUCAAUCCUUGACUCCUCUGUCUCAAUUGUUGAACUCAUAAAGUUCAUAAGCCACGCCAAGAUUGAGUCAUGUGAUCAAACCACAAACAGUGAGGAACCAAUGGCCAGCUCCUCGUUCGGCAUUUCAUCGUCGGUUGCAAGCAUCGACGAAAGUUCCUGCAGCUUGGUAGCUGUGAGCCAGCGCAACGAAUUAGCUAAGCUGCUGAUGCGACUGGGAGGUGAAGAAGGCGACGGCGAUGCCAACCAAAUAGUCAUAGAGCUUCUGAACUCAAAGAAACAAGCUGAACGGGCCACCUCGGUGACCGAGCGCGUCUCCGAAAAUCUGCUCCUCGUGCUGCGCAGCCAGACUCUCGCCGAGGCUGGCAUCAUUACCGGCAACGAGCGCUAUCGCUCCUUCAAGUGUGUCCUGCAGAACUAUGCAAAGCUGUAUGCGGCAAAGAGGUUCAUUGAGAAGCUUCCCAUGCUGGGAAUAUCCCCUCAAUCACAAUCACAGUCGCAGUUGCAGUCGUCAGAUCAGUCUCAAUUCCUGUUUCCAUUACAGCCACAGGCACACGAGAUAAAAAACAAUGAUGAUCAGAACAAACAGACGCAGGCAUUGACUCGUAUGGUCGCUGAUGAGGUGCUGCAGAUUCCAGAACUACUGCGCCAACUCUGGGACUCGCUAGAGAAAAUGGAGUUCUUCAACGAGGACACUGCCUACAAAGUCUACUUGGAGGCGCGUCGUCAUCCACAAGCCAAGAUCCUACGCGAACUGAUGCUCACUCGCAUAUCGCGUGUCUACCUCUGCAUUGUCAGCUCCGCUUCCUUUCUGGAUUUCAGCGAGCACGAACUAAUCCACAUGCUCAACAACUGCUACCUCAGUGUCAAUUCCGAAAUAGAGAUAUUCCUCUCUGUUAUCCUUUGGCUGGAACAUAAUUGGUACGAGCGCAAAAACUGUGCAGAACGUGUCCUGGGUGGAGUUCGCUUCGGCCUGAUGCCCACCUGGUAUCUCCACACUCUUGACAGAACCAAUCGCUGUAGUCACUUCGCCAGGGUUAUCGCUUGUGCUGGCGUCAAAGCGGUGUUGGAAAAGGGACUUGACGAUGCCUUAGCUCUGCGCUCCAAGCACUUACGCAAUUCUAACUUGUCCGAUCCGGAGAGUCCUUUGCCACGUGACUGGGUUGCUGAUCCCGAGUGUGGUCAUCAUCAUAAGUGCCAUUGCGAGCGUUUCGUUUAUCCCACAUACGACGUAUUCAAGGAUUAUUUGGCCAGGAUCAUCAGCUGUGCCCCCAACUACUGGCGCACUCUUCGGCCUGCUCAAGAAGUUUAUCGCAAAGAACUCAAGUGUUGUGUGCCCCCCUACCACUCUUCCCGACGGAACUAAGCCUACCGUUGGUAUCUGUUGACUAAAAUUUGUUCAACAAUCACAAUAGAUUCACUAAAUUUAAUGUCUUAUAUGUUUUUGGCACGAAUCAACAAAUCAUUGAAAAGUCUUAUUAAA